AUGUUCAGAAAGAACUUGAAGAAGGACCCCGAGCUGUUUCAGAACGUGUCGGAGGGGCUGCGGCGACUCUACCGGACCAAGCUGUUCCCGCUAGAGGACACGUAUCGAUUCCACGACUUCCACUCCCCUGCACUCGAAGAUGCCGACUUCGACAACAAGCCCAUGGUCCUCCUUGUGGGUCAGUACUCCACCGGGAAGACCACCUUUAUUCGGCACCUCAUGGAACAGGACUUCCCCGGUAUGCGCAUUGGCCCCGAGCCGACAACUGACUCUUUCAUCGCGGUGAUGCACGGCGAGCAGGACGGGGUGAUACCUGGUAAUGCUCUGGUUGUCGACCCCAAGAAGCCCUUCCGCAAACUCAACGCCUUUGGCAACGCGUUUCUCAACAGGUUCAUGUGUGCCCAGAUGCCUAACCCCGUCCUGGAGAGCAUCAGUAUCAUUGAUACUCCUGGAAUCCUGUCUGGAGAGAAACAAAGAAUAAGCAGAGGUUACGACUUUGCCGCGGUGCUGGAGUGGUUUGCAGAGCGCGUGGACCGCAUCAUUCUCCUGUUUGACGCCCACAAGCUGGACAUCUCGGAUGAGUUCUCCGAGGUCAUCCGAGCUCUGAAGAACCACGAGGACAAAAUGCGUGUGGUGCUGAACAAGGCGGACCAGAUCAGCACUCAGCAGCUGAUGAGAGUCUACGGAGCGCUGAUGUGGUCUCUGGGGAAAAUCAUCAACACGCCUGAGGUGGUGCGUGUGUACAUUGGGUCGUUCUGGGCCCAGCCCCUGUUGGUCCCAGACAACAGGAAGCUGUUUGAGGCAGAGGAGCAGGACCUGUUCUUAGAUAUCCAGUCGUUGCCACGUAACGCUGCUCUACGCAAGCUCAAUGACCUUAUCAAACGAGCACGCCUUGCCAAGGUACAGGCCUACAUUAUCAGCUCUCUGAAAAAGGACAUGCCAAGUGUGUUCGGAAAGGACUCCAAGAAGAAGGAGCUGAUAGCCAACCUGGGAGAAAUCUACCAUAAGAUCGAGAAGGAGCACCAGAUCUCACCUGGGGAUUUCCCCAACCUCGCCAAGAUGCAGGAGCUCCUGAAUGGCCAGGACUUCUCUAAGUUCGCAGCGCUGAAGCCAAAGCUGCUGGAGGCGGUGGAAGACAUGCUCGCCAACGACAUUGCACGUCUCAUGGCGAUGGUGCGCCAGGAAGAAGCCGCCAUGCCCAGCCAGUCCGUCAAGGGUGGAGCCUUUGAGGGAACCAUGAAUGGUCCCUUUGGUCAUGGCUAUGGAGAGGGUGCCAGCGAAGGCAUCGAUGAGCUGGAGUGGGUGGUGGGUCGCGACAAGCCUACAUAUGACGAGAUCUUCUACACCCUCUCACCCAUCAACGGCAAAGUGUCUGGCGCUGCAGCCAAGAAGGAGAUGCUGAAGUCCAAGCUGCCCAACACGGUCCUGGGGAAGAUCUGGAAGCUAGCAGAUGUGGAUAAAGAUGGCCUCCUCGAUGAUGAGGAGUUCGCCCUUGCCAACCACCUGAUCAAAGUGAAGCUGGAGGGUCACGAAUUGCCGCCCUCCCUGCCUGAACACCUGGUGCCACCGUCCAAACGCGGGACAGUCCUGGAGGCCUAGAGGAGGAGGGGCAGCCUGGAGACCAGCCAUGUCAACGCUUUUGCAUCAUGUUCAGGACACUUCAGACAAAAGUCCAACCACAAGCAUGAACAGCAUCAUCCUCCAUCAAGCUGUGAGUCUCCAGGCUUCCUGACACACCACGAGGAGGUAUCGCUGUGAUCGUUUUCACCAGAGAGAGACUGGAGGGGUCAGGAGGGAGGUGGGAGGGAGGGGAGGUCCAUCUUUGCGCAUUAGGGAAUACUAUUUAGGUAUCUGUUAGAAAUAAAUGAGGGGAGGGGGUUGAUUUGCAAACAGAUGAAAGGACAUUACCAGAUCAUGAACUGAUGGGCAGUUGGAAGUCACAUGAUGGGGGUGAACAUGGAUUUGUGCGUCCUGUGUAAAAGAUGUCUUCUAAGCAUACAGUCCAUAUUAUAUGUUGAUCCAAAGAAAUAUAGUUUUUUUCCAUUUGGAGAGAGAAAGAGGAAAUAAAUAAAAACAGCUAUUAGAAUUGUUUCAUCUAUAUUUUUGUAUUUCCUGACUGUUAACUUGGACUCUUUCCAAAUGCUUCACUUUUUAUUAUUUUGCCAGGUAAAUAAAAAGGAAUACUGUACCAUCUGA